GUCCUUUCUCGCUCCUGUACGUCACUAUGGCAACGCUACAGCUACCGCCAUAGCACGUUUUACUUAUUUGUACUUACACGGGGCACAGUUUAUCGUUUUUUCAAAGGUUCCAGCAUGGAUAUGAAAUAAUACCUCUGAUGCAAAAGAAGCAACGCCUUUGUUGAACACUCACGACCCGUUUGAGAAAGAGUGGAACGAUGUAGCAAGGUGAGAUGUUAGCAGCGUUAGCUAAUGCUAGAAUAAACAACGAUGAAAUGCUUUGCAAUGCGUUGCAUUUUCUCUGGUGAGGUUUUGAAUACUUAUUUUCUUAAUUAGCACAAGUCUUUUUUUAAAUCAAAAAUAUUAAUAUGCAGCUAUUGCAUGGCUUAAACAUGAUUAAAAUUCGAGCUGCCGAGAGUAAACAGUUAGCUUGUGCUUUGGUAGCUAGUCCACAAAGAUGCUUUAUUAUGAAAGACUAUUUUACAUUUUUAACUGCGGAUAUUUCUUGUGAUAAUCUUAAAGAUGUGGUAAAAAUCUCAUUAAACUACAUUUAGGCUCCUUUUUAUAGGUUACGAAACGAAAACAACAAUUUAAAACAAGUAAAACAUGGAAAUCAGAUGUCCAGAGAUAUAGGGGAGAGUGGGGUAAGAUGAGCCAUUUUUCAUAUUUUGGAUCACUACAUCGAGGCAGUCAUAGUUUUGUCUCUAACUAGUGUAUCUGCAUAUAUUUCAAGAUGUUGUGCAUCCCUGCAAACCAACAGAAUGAGUGUAAUUCAUGUGUAUAUUUAUCUAUUAUAUGCUAUUCAACUGGUACAAUAAUUCUUUUUAUUAUUAUUGCAUACAACUGCUAAAAAGCUGUUUUGUAAAAAGCCAUUUUAACAUGAGAAUGUCUUUAAGUGAUUCAGAACAUUCACAGCUGUAUUUUUGAAAAGAAAAAGUAACACAUUUCAACAAUCUGAACUAAAACUCUGAUCCUCUCAAAAUACUUAUUUACUUUCUCAGUUCAGCCACUGGCUCAACUUACCCCAGAACUACUACUAUGACUUUAUUAGUCCUCUAAACUAAAAUGGUGGACUUUUAUGCUCGGUUUUUGACCUCAUGUUGUAGCUCAUAGAUACCACAAUGUAUGUAUAAAACAUAUUUAAAAUGAUCUUUCUUGGUUUUAACACAAUUCUAAUCAAACUUAUGACAGACUAAAUGCACUUUCAAGAGUGAAAAAUGUUUUUUUUGUAAAUAAAUGUGUAACCCCUUCACCCAUGUGCUUCUAACCUUCACGGACUCCAUGAAUUGACGCCCAUCUCUUAAACAUUUGGGUCACAUGAUCAAUUUCUUUUACCAUUUCUAAGCAACAGGGGGUGGCUCAACUUACCCCAUUCUCCCCUACUUAUUUAAAAAUGUUAUUUCUUUGAUUUACAUUAGUUUGUUUAAUUUGAUUGUAUUACUCAUGGCGAUAUAGUCAAUAUUGAAGUUGCGUUUUAUGAAGUCAUUAAGUUUAAGCUGUAAAGUACUUUAUUCUUUGAUCAAACACUGUUCAUGAAAAAGCUCUUCAAGAGUAUGAGCUGCAAAUCCUGUAGAGUUGUACUGAUAAAGACACCAGAGCUAAAUACUUCACAUAGACCCAUCUGUUGAAGACAAUAAGAAAAGGUCUCUCUGGUAACGCUGACUACAGCUCGGUAUGUUUGUUUUCCUUCUAGAAUCCCCUGAGAUGUGAGUCUUGUCACAACAGUGAGGAUGUCCUCUCAGGAAAACACAAUACUGGUAAAGAUAAACUCUCAGACUUUUAAUCUGGAUACUUUUCAUAUGAUAUUUCCUCUGCUUCUCUAUCUUCUGUUACAUCCAAUCAUAUCAUACUUUUCCUUCAGGUCUUGCCUAUUUGGGGGCUUGCCAUUCCUCUCCCAGCAGUGCUGAUGAUCACUGUGGUUCUUUAUAUGAUCGUACUGGGCAUCGGGCUGUGGAUACGAUACUGCCUUAAGGUUGGUGCAGCUGGCCUGGUCACCAGACCGAUCUCUUCACCAUAGAUUGUGUUUGAAAUGAAUGAGAUAUGUUGUGUCCUUUGUCAUAAUACUAAAUUAAAACCACAGAUAUAGAGAAAAAAUAAUAGAUAAUUGUUUAAACAUUUAUAAACAGGAGUUUAAACGCAGCCAAUAGGAAAACACAGUGAAGAAAAUGCUGAUGUAUGGUGUGCUAUACAUGUCUAAACAUGACCUUCAAGUGUACAAUGACCUCUAAUUAUAUUUUGACUCUAGUUUUCACUGGAAUGAAAGUCAGCACUACAUGAUCUUGUAUUUAGUGAUCAAUCUGCUGUACAGUUUAGCUCUAAUUUGGGCAUUCUACAUCUGUUAUUGUACACAUAGAGAUUCAUUUUUUUGUCCUCAAGUAUGUUUGAAAUUUGAAAUGUCCCAACCUAUGACCAGCUUUGGUUCAUUGGCAUUCUUAUCGACCAUAUUCCUGAUUGUGAUCCUGUUUCUCCUCUCCCCCUUAAAGGACCGCUGCUCUUGCGACUGUGGCGACUGCUGUCCGGACAUUUCUUUCUGUGAGCAGUGCUUCAGACUGGCAGAGAUAUGUCACUGCAACAUGCCAACUACAAAAUCAUGUUGGAAAGACUGUCCGUCUUGUCCCGCUUGUCCUUCUUGUUCUUCUUGUUCUCCCGUAAGUACCACAAACCUCAAAUCGCGUCAUGCCCUUUUAAGAUUCUUGCUGGGAAAUUCCCAGAGCAAAGCAUCAGGUUUUUAUUUCUUUAGUCUGCAGUAAAGAGUGUUGUCAGAGCAGGGUAAUUGUUUUCUCUGACAGUAAUCUGCAAAGAACAAAAGGUGUGUGUGAAAAUGUGGACAAGUCACUUUACUUUGUUCUUAACAUCCACGCUGAGCUACUUAAGUUCAUCUUAAACAAGUAUUUAAAAAACCCCAAAACACUUUAGUUGUCUGGAUAUCUGAGUGGAUCUUGUUCAGGGUCAGACGUGUGACAGUUACAGUAAAAAUAAUGAUCAACUUUGGAUAUGGAACUUCUUUAGCAGGGUUACUUUACUGUGAAACUUUCCAUACAUACCAACUGAAUAUAAAUACAGAGACAGCUUCAGACUCAUUUGCCAACAGAGCUGUCAAUCAAUCAUCUUUUUUUUUUUUACAUCAAAUAACUAUUUGAAACUGAAUUAGUCUAAAAAAUGAGGUGAGCUUUAGGACCGACACUGCAGUCAGUCACUAGGUGGAGCUCUCAAGGUUCUGCUUUAACUCAAGAUCCCUGUUCUGUCCUUGUUUAAUACAGUCUGCAGCAAAAUAACAUCAACAGAGGGUUACAACAUGGAGAAAAUAAGCAUGAUUACCAUGUAAUCUGGUGAUACUGUGAUUGUAAAACUAAACAGUGUCAUAAGUAUUCAUACAGAAUGUCAUAAAGAGAAAAAGUUGAACUUACAGGCCAAGAUCUAUGAUCAGCUCUGUGUCAGAGGAUCUUUGAGAAUAAUGAGGCACAAAAGUAAUUAAUUAUCCUUUAUGUAAUAAGGAGCUCUGUAAAUUCAUAGAUUAAUUGAUUGGUUUCUCUAUGGAAAAUAUGAAACAAGCAUGUUUCUGAAAACUAAACUAAAAUCAUGUUUUUAUUUCCUCAUGGUUAGAUUACUGAAAUGGUCUUUUAACAGGUAUAAAUCAGAAAUUGCAUCAAAUAGUGCAAAAUUCAGCCGCUAGAGAGCGUAAUACUCCUGUUUCAGUGUCCUUACAAUGGCUACCCAUUUCUUUUAGAAUUGAUUUGGCCCCAGAGUACGUAUCAGAACUGCUGUCCUUCUACUAACCUGUGCGUAGCCUCCGAUCCUCAGACAGGAAACUUGUUAAUGAUCCCACGUCGAAUUUAAAAACUAAAGGGGAUCAAACUUUUACUGUUCGGGCUCCUGGGCUGUGGAACAACCUGUCUGAGGAUCUCAGAUGAGCUAAAAAUCUCUGUUAUUAUCAUUAAAGUUUUUCUGAGGAGGUUUUCCACAUUAGCAUGUUAAUGUUUUUUUAUGAUACACAAAAGCAAAGAAGACCACCAGCAACAAGAUCAACAAGUACAACCCGGUUUUUAGAAUUUUCAUAUUAAAUACUCACAAUUAAUGUUAUAUUCGACAGGAUAAGAUGUUUUUUGUCAGAGGACUUUCAGAACUUCACCAAAUCAAAUAAAUGUUUUUAAUGUUUUUGAUUGUUGGAAUAAAAAUCAAAGGCCCAAACAAUAACAGAACAAACUGUGCAGGAGAUUACUGAAGCAGGACUUCGAGUUGGUCUUUAUGGACUCUUGUUUGCCCACAGUGCUCCUGCUGGGACUGCCCCUGCAGCUUUCAGCCUCCUGAGUGCGACUCCUGCCACUGCCUCUGCUUCGAGAUCAGGAUCAAGUGAGAGAAGAAGAUGGAGGUGCCCCGGUACCUUAGGAAUGGCCCAUCACCAACAACAGAGACACAAAGCUGCUAAUGAACAGUUCAUGUCAGGGUCGACGUGGCGAUCCUGUUACAUCAGAGGAAAACUGAAAACUGUUCUGUUCCUGUCAUCUGGCUCUACUGGAGUGACUGAUAAACUGAGCAUGUAGCUCUGCAUCACACCAUCACUACUUACUGUGAUCGGACACAUUUCCUAAACAGUUCAGUGAGUCAUGGCCGACAUGAAUAACACCAUCUUAUAUAAGUAUAAAAACGUACAAUAACAAAGUAAACUACUUUUAAUUAAUUUAUUUUUUAUACUGUAUUUUUAUUCAAAACAAAAACCAUCUGUGUUGAAACUUUUGUACCUCAAGAAGAGACACUGAAAAGUGGUCCACUUCAGUCACAUGAUAUAAAAGUGUGAAAACGCAGUGUUCUGCAGCUCUGCAGUCAAAGUCAACAGAAAUCUAAACUUUCCUUCAGGACUCAGGACAAGAAAUAUGUGCAUGUGCUGUAUAUCAUAGUCAUUGUUUCUAUAGCCUAGUAACAUUUCUGACUGUGUUGCAUUACAAUAGGUGGACAAGCAGAAGGUUAGAAGUCGCCACAGAAAGUUAAAGGUAGCUGCAUUUACUUUUAAAAUGUGGAUAGGUGAUGGAGAAGUCUUUAACUUGUUAGUUAUUCAUCCUCUAGAACAGUGGUUCUCAAGUCCAGUCCUCGAGUCCCCACUGUCCUGCAUGUUUUGGAUGUUUCCCUGCUCCAACACACCUGAUUCAAAUGAUCAGCUCGUUAUCAAGCUCUGUAAUGUCUUAAUAACGAGCUCAUCAUUUGAAUCAGGUGUGUUGGAGCAGGGAAACAUCCAAAACAUGCAGGACAGUGGGCCUCGAGGACUGGACUUGAGAACCACUAUCCUAGAGUGCGCAAGUGUGUGCACAUGCUCAUAAGAAUACAAUACAAGCACUUCCACACAACUUAAAACCAGAUUUAUCUUAAUCCCCAGACGUUACCAACCAGGACAACAACCACUGAUAUUGAUUGUUCCAUUGGGUUUACAGUGACAGAGUGUGGUCAUGUGAUCCAGCAGGAAAUAACAAGUAAAUCAAUAUACAGAGCCUUUCUUUUGCUGCUUUUGAACACAUGUGAAUGCUACUUAAUGAUCCUGUCUGAUACUUGGUUUUGACUGUUUUAAUUACUUUAAGAUAACUUAACGAGAGAGUGAUAAUGAUUGGCAGUAGAUAUUCUGUGGUUAGAGUUUUAUCACUUCAUAGCCAUGCAAUAAUGAACCAGCAGCCAUGGAUGAUUAUUAUUAUUGUUUCUGGCCACAAGUUCAUGUCUCAUGACAACUUUUUUCUUUGUUUUUGAUUCUUUUUUAUGCUCUUUAUGAAACACUAUCUGAUUUAACCUUUGCCAAAAUAGCAUUAAGUACAUAAGCUGCACAAACCUCGAAGUUUUCAUUUCUGUCAGGGUGGUGUGCAGGUGUGGUUGAACUCCUGUACCACCUGGUUUUGUUGACCUCUGUCUUUUGGGGUUGAAGUGCCUUCUUUUUCCUCCUCUUUAUGUUUAUGUAAAGGAUGCAGCUUCUGAGCUCACAAUAAAAUCUAUGAAAACACCGCACAUUUCAGUUCAAUGUGUAAAAAGAAGGUUCUGCAGCUCAUAGUAGUUUUCCAUCAAACCACUAGGAGGCAAUAGUGCAGCUGUUUUGUAUUUACUUGUAGAAGUUUGAACAACAUUUGCUGGCUGGAGUGAGUUCUUCACACAUGUGGUUUACAUUCAGUUCAUAGUUUUUACACCUUUGAUGCGAAACUGUGUUUUUGAAAAUUUGUAUUAAACUCUAAGUAAAUAAUUCAUUGUAUUUUUAAUUAUAUUAAAUACUUGGAAGAGUUA